ACGUGCCUGGCCCGGGCUACGCUGAAGCGCAGUAGCUGCCAGUGCCGCUGUCAUGGCGUCGGAGGCGCUGGGCGAGGAGAACCCGCCGCGGUCUCUUUAGAAGCGAGGAGCGGGCGGCUGGGUAUGGAGAGCGGCCCCGAGAGCCUGCAGCAACCGCUAGAGCACGGGGUGGCCGCCGGGCCAGCAGCGCCGGAGACAGCGUCUGCGCAGGAAGGGCGGCCGGAGACCGGGCUCGCGGCUGGGGAUGGUCCCGAAGUAUGGGCGGCGGAGAGCGGCGGCGGCGGGAAUGGGCAGGGGGCGGCGGCCGCCGCCGGGAGGAGCCUCCCGGACACGGUGGCUCCCGCCAGCUCUUCUCAGGUCCCCGGACCCUGCAGCGCUUCCCGGGGCUCGGACUUGCCGGAGAGCGAUUUGGAGAGUCCUGCUGCCCAGAAGGUGCCUCUGAGAGGGCAGCGCAAGGUGACCGCCUCCCCGGAGACAGCCGAGGCCGCCGGAGCGGGCCAGGGGCUGGGUCCCGCCGGACUCGCGGGCACCCGGCCUGACCCCGCAGGCACCUGCCCGCCGGAGGCAGCGGCCCCGGGCUGCGAAGAGCCCAGCGGCUCCGGCGGCCUCAGCAGCAGUUGCAGCGACCCGAGCCCCGCCGGGGAAUCGCCCAGCCUGGACUCCUUGGAGUCGUUCUCUAACCUCCAUUCUUUCCCCAGUAGCUCCGAGUUCAACAGCGAGGAGGGAGCCGAGAGCAGGGUCCCGGAGGAGGAGGAGGAGAGGAAUGCGGGCGCCGCGGCGGUGGUGCCCGGGGCUGUGCCCCUGUGCAGAGGGGAGGAAGAGGAGGGGGAGGCGGCUCAGGUGAUCGCGGCCUCCAAGGAACGCUUCCCGGGACAAUCUGUCUAUCACAUCAAGUGGAUCCAGUGGAAGGAAGAGCACACACCCAUCAUCACCCAGAAUGAGAACGGACCCUGCCCUUUGCUGGCCAUCCUCAAUGUUUUGCUUCUGGCCUGGAAGGUUAAACUGCCACCGAUGAUGGAAAUCAUAACUGCUGAACAGCUGAUGGAAUAUUUAGGAGAUUACAUGCUUGAUGCAAAGCCAAAAGAAAUUUCAGAAAUUCAACGUUUAAAUUAUGAACAGAAUAUGAGUGAUGCUAUGGCAGUCUUGCACAAAUUACAGACAGGCUUGGAUGUAAAUGUGAAAUUCACUGGUGUUCGAGUGUUUGAAUAUACACCAGAAUGCAUAGUAUUUGAUCUUCUUGAUAUUCCUUUAUACCAUGGAUGGUUAGUGGACCCUCAGAUUGAUGACAUUGUAAAAGCUGUUGGUAACUGCAGCUACAACCAACUAGUGGAGAAGAUCAUCUCUUGUAAGCAGUCAGACAAUAAUGAGCUGGUUAGUGAAGGCUUUGUAGCUGAGCAGUUUCUAAAUAACACAGCCACUCAACUGACAUACCAUGGAUUAUGUGAACUAACUUCAACGGUCCAGGAAGGAGAACUUUGUGUGUUUUUUCGGAAUAAUCAUUUUAGCACCAUGACCAAAUACAAGGGUCUACUGUAUUUGCUGGUAACAGACCAGGGGUUUCUUACUGAAGAAAAAAUUGUUUGGGAAAGCCUUCACAAUGUUGAUGGUGAUGGAAAUUUCUGUGACUCAGAUUUUCAUCUGCGGCCUCCUUCAGAUCCUGAAACUGUGUACAAAGGACAACAAGAUCAAAUAGAUCAGGACUAUCUUAUGGCGUUAUCUCUACAACAAGAACAGCAGAGCCAAGAGAUCAAUUGGGAGCAAGCGCCUGAAGGAAUCAGUGAUUUGGAACUUGCGAAGAAACUCCAAGAAGAGGAGGAUCGACGGGCUUCUCAGUAUUACCAGGAACAGGAACAAGCAGCAGCCGCUGCUGCUGCUGCUGCUGCUGCUUCUGCUACUUCUGCUCCUGCCCAGGCUCAGCAAAGCCAACCAGCACAAGCCUCUCCGACAAGUGGAAGACAAUCUGGGAGUAGUGAACGUAAACGAAAGGAACCUCGAGAAAAAGAUAAAGAAAAAGAAAAGGAAAAAAAUAGCUGUGUUAUUUUGUAACAAGUGUUGGAUUCUAUUGAAACCACCUAUAUGUCUUGAGAAACAAAACCACAGGAGGAAAGGAAGAAAACCCGAUAAAUACCGUCUGUGCCUGAUUUUCCAAUGGAUUUUGUUCAUGUUUUUCAGGGGAAAGGUUGUUACAUAACUACAAUUAGACUUUUUCAAGUCACACAGUACACUAUUUAUGAGCUGGAGUUUCCUGUUACAGUAGGAAAUGCUGUGUGUUGUCAUUCAUGAAAAAUACUACACUUGUAGCCAAAUAAGCAAAUCACAGUAACUUUUGUGUCAUAGUGACAUUCAUAACUCAUAUCAGUUAGUAAGCUAUUUUUUCUUCUGUUCUAACAAUGAAUGAAGGUAAUUGAUUUUGUCUGAUUCCUUCCUGAAAACUAAAUACUAGCACAAUAGUUUCUGAAAUUAAUUUUUACAAUAUUAAAUUAUGAUCUAAUCCACAAGAAACCAGGGGUUUAAUAUAGGGAUUUAAAAAGAAAAAAAAUUAAAAAAAAUAACAGGAAUAAAUAAUCCUUAAUUGUAUAUUGGACUAGUUCAGCCCUUGAACAGCUUUACCUUUCUUUAGGAAUGUACAUUUUAGAUAUUAUCAUAAGAACUGAUCAUGGAGCUCGGAUUUAAUUAGAUAGAAAAAAUAAAGACUUGUAUUUUUUUUUCCAGUAGCAAAAAAUUACAUAAUACUAAUACUCAUAUUCUACCAAAAUCAGAUAUUAUGACUUUGUAGUGUUGUGAAAUUUUGAGGAAUUUUGAAAUCUUUAAUAUAGGUAACUUGGACCACAGCUACUAUUUACUGGCAGUGUAAUAAGUGAGAGUCAGAAGGAAACCACAGUGGAUGCUGGACUUUGUAAAUAUGAGGGUGGAGAAAAGGAAGUAGUUCAGUGUCUACCUUUUUCUAGAAUUACCUUGAACCUUAAAACUUAAACCAUGUUUAUUUGCUAGAAAAUUAAGUAUAAUUAUUAAAAUCAACAAAAAAGCACAUUUCUGAAGGGAAGUUAGGUUAUAACCUCUGAGUCUAGUAAAAAGCAGUAGUAGAAAUCUGUUGGAGAAAUUUAUAUAAAAGCAAUCACAUUUUUUUAACUUAUGGGAACCAAAUAAACCUAUAACAUCUUGUAGUGUUUGUAGGAUUCAGAAAGAAUAUUUAUUGAACUUUAUCAUGAGGCAACACAUGUAUUUCUGUAUUUCUAGAUAUAGUUUGGAAAACUAUCCUUACAGUCACUUUUAUAUGCUUUGUAUUUAAAAGUUUGUUUUGGUCAUUUUUGAAAUGACUAUUGCUGCUGCAAGUAGUUCUGUGAUUUACAUUCUAAGCCUCAGUAAGUUUGUUUAAGAGGAUCUAUCUAACCUGAGCAUCCACUUGGAGAAUGUUUUUUGUGAUCUGGGUGACAAUAGACUACAAAAAAAAGUGAUCUAGAUUGCUUAAGAUAUGUCCUUAACAUUCUCCAUGAUCCAAGAGGAUUAGUCUACAUGUAAAAAGUGAAGUCUUAUUUAUGGAAGGAAUUAUUCUAAGGGAAAAAUCCAGGGUCAAGCUAUAUCUUUUAUGUCUUGUGUAUUGCAUGUCUGUUUAUGUUAUACCAUUUGUUAUUCUUUCAAAUUUCCUAUGCUAGCAUGAUAAUCAUCAGAAAACCUGUUUGGGGCAUAAAAUUUCAAUAUAAAAUAUUUUGUGAGUCUCUUGAUAAUAACCCAGAAUAUGUGUAGAUUAGUGAAGUAACCAAAUGUACUGCAGAAUUCUCUGCUGGCUCAAACAAGUUGACCUUAGUCCAGGUUUACUUUUUUUUUUCUUCUUUUUCUUUAAUGUACUUUUAUUUAUUUCAGAGAGAAAGGGAGAAGGAUAGAAACAUCACUGAUGAGAGAGAAUCAUUGAUCGGCUGCCUCCUGCAAGCCCCACACUGGGGAUCAAGCCUGCAAACUGGGCAUGUGGCCUUGACGCGGGACUGAAAUUGGGACCUUCAGUGCACAGGCCAAUGCUCCAUUCACUGAGCCAAACCAGCGAGGGCCACAUUUACUCUUGUCAUUCUGGUUGAAGGAGGAAACUACAACUUCAGGGUUUGUUUUUCCCCAGAUGGUAGUGAUAGUGCAGUAUAUAAGAAACACACACACUCACACACAAAAUAAAUCCUCAGAAAUUUCACAAAGCAUAUUUGAGGCGUAUUUUCUCAUAAUGAUACUUACUAUUUAUUGCCCUUGAAAAAUUUACGUGUUAUUCUUCUGUUGUUUGCUACUGUCUACUUAAUUUGUUCAAAAGAUAAUACUGCCAUUCUCCAUUCCCUCUGGAAGAAAAAAAAAAGACUCACUGAAAAGCAGCAGUGCUAUCAGAUAAGUAGAUUCAAUGUAUACUUAUAAGAAGUAAUUUAAAAAUGUAAUGUGUUUGUUAAUUCAGCCUUUUUCUAUGUAAUAUUUCCAAGUCAGAUUUUCUUACAUUCCUGGAAUGUUUGAUAUACCAAGAAUAAUAAUGAUAAAAUGUUUGCUUUGAUUACUGUGGGGGGAAAAUUAAAUGUUCAAUUCUAUUAAAACAAACAAACUUCUCAGAGAUACUGGUUUCCCAUCCUUGAAGGUUAUAAAGAAUUUAGAGCUAUUGUGUCUUUAUUUUCUUAUAUUUUGCUCAAGGCAACAAAUUAUACUCAGACAUUUCAUUGCUGAUUUGGGUAUAUAGGAAUUUGAUAAUGAUAUAUUAAAGUCUUUCCUUCACAGUAUUUUGCAAUACUUGAAAAUUGUUGCAUGUAUACUGCUAGCAGUAGUUAGAAUGCAAACAUUUUUGCUUUUAAUAUUUAUAGGCUAGAUUAGGGGCACAUUUCCAUCAACCAGUCAACAUUACAGUUAGUAAAAGAGCACAUGAAUGAAUGAUAUAAUCACUGGGCUUUCUCAUACUUUUAAAAUAUGUUCUUAAGGUUAAUGAGCAAUCUUUAUUAACAAUAUGAAUUUUCUUCAUAUCUAAUUCCAUUGAAUCAACAGUGCUAUGAUGCACAAUAGGUUUUUGACAUUUAACAGUACUUACUGUGUAUUCUAAAGCAAGGAUCCAUGACUUCUAUUAGAUUCUCAAAGGAAUCUAAGUUUUUUCCUCAAAUUUAAGAGCUAACAUUUUAAGACACACUAAGUUUGUGGCAGCUAAAAUUGGCAGUGACUGCUUCCUAUAAUAUGCUGACUCACUGUGCUUAUGUAAAGUGACUUCUGUUUCAAGGUGUCAUGUUAGUUAAAUGAGGCAUAGAUUUAAGUUUAGGAAUAGGCUUUGGAAGCAUAUUGUUUUAUUGUCUCACAUUUCUAAUACUUGUCUAUUUAUCCCUUAAGAUGUUUUCAAUUUUUCCUUGAACUUUCUUACCUUAGUUUAAUUAAGCAAGUUAGUGUCAAAAGUUAGUGACUGAAUUCAACAUUAACCAUUUUGUACUUGCACAAAAACUUAUUUUGUUUUUAAUGAAGCACCACUUCAGUUCACUAAGAGAUAGAAGAUCUUGAGAGGAAAGGAUUAGAAGUCCAAUAUGUAUUUAAGGAACAAAUUAUUGUCCCUAUAUUAAUAUAGGCAGAUGAAGCAGAAAAAUCAAGGCAAAAAUUUCCAGAACUGUCCUCAAACAAUCUCAUUUAUUUUAAAAAGAAUUUUUUUUAAAGUAAACUUUCCUAGACAAUAUACCAGUUAUUUUAAAACAUGAUGGAAAUCUAUGGGCUUUACCUACCACACAAUACAACUUAAACUAUAAUUGUAAACUACUUAAGUUUGAUAAGGUGGAGGCAUUAAAGAUAUUAUUUAAGUUAUACUUUAAGGAACUGGAAAUGUGGAAUUCUGAAUAAUUUUAUGUCUAACAAUCUGGCUUUUAUCUUGCCCUGGUAAAACUUCCUGUGCCUCAGUUUACUCUAAACAUGUAAAUAAUGCUUACUUUUUAGUGCUUUGCACUCCUGAAUAAAGGGCAUAGUAUAAGCACAAAGUAUCACCUAAAUAAUCAAAUAUCACACACCUUUUGUUCUUGGAUGUGCAGUGACAAUAUUUUUCUCCCAAUGACAAUAUUUUUUAAGCCAGUUUUUUAAUGCUGUCAAACUUUAUAGAAUUACCUUGUCUUUACGUAUGAUAUCAUCUCUUCUCAAAAUGUAUUUUACAGUUGCUUUUGUGUUCAGUGGGCUAUAGAGUCCCAAUCAAGAGUAUUUUGAGAAUGAAAAGCAUUACGUUUUCAUUUCCCCCCAAUAUCUUUCAUAUGUCUAAAUAUUUAGAUUCUCUUCUUUUUCCUCCAUGGAACAAAGUACAGUGGUAGUAUAUGUAAACUUUAUUGCAUGGAUGGAAUUCAUUUAGAUCUCUCAAAUACUGUCAUUUGGGCAUCUAUUUAAAUUACUUGUUUUUUAGUAUAAAAUGUUAUUUGAUAAUGUGCGGUUAAAUUCUAUUUAGGAAGUUACUGAAAAUGGUAAAGGAAUUCAUCAGAAUCAGAGUUCUUUGGUUCUCUGGUAAUUGGUGUCUUUUUUUUAAUUUAUUUUUUACUGAUGUCCAGCACUUCUGAAGCUAUUGGGAAAACAUGAAGAAUUGAGGUUAUUCUUCUCCGGUGACACUACAAGAUAAAGUAAAUUUUAAAAUAGAAGACUUCCUGGACAAAACAAAUUGCUAAAUAGAGAUAACAGAGUUUGACAAAUUGCAGGACCCUGGUAAAUUUAACUUGAAAAAUAGAUCUAGAUUUUAAAUCAUGCAUAUAUCUUACUUAAUCCUCAUGGGUUUUAUUUUGUUUUAAUCCUUGUGUUUCUGCUGUUAAGAACUUAGAGUUUAAUAAAUUAUAUACAUAUAUUUUUAUAUGGAGGGUUCUAGUUUCUAAUUUCACUUCUAUCUCAAAAAUAGUAAACUCAAAAACAGGGUAAAAGUCUUCAACUACUGCCACAAGUUCAGUUUCAUACUAUUGCUCUAAGAAAGGAGGAAAUUUGACUUCUCUGCCUAUCCAUGUGUUGUUUUUUUAGAACAUGGUACUAUUCCAAAUAAGGUGUUGAAAUACCAUGGCAAAAACACAAAACCUAAACUUUAAACCACAGUAGAUUAAAGAACAAAAAUUGUAUUAUUUUUCUAAAAUAGUCUCUUUUGUCAGAUAUUCUAAGAAUUUCUUCAAAUCAUAUAGUAAUUUGUCACCAAUAGCUUUGAAAUCUUUAUAUUUAUCCUCCCUGAAAUAGCCUGCUUUGAGAGGAAGGAAUGCCUCUUGGAUUAGAAAAUGCACAAAGCAAAAUUAUGAAUUUUGCGAUCCUGGCUUUAGUAGAUACAGUUUUAAAUAGGAAGUAGGGAAACUAAAUUAUCCACUUAAAUUCCCAAAUCAGAAACCUGUCAAAAUGAACAUUAUAACAAAUGUCCAACUGAGCAGUUCUGACUAAUGUGAUUAUUUUAAGACUAAAAUUGACAAUCUUUGAAGAGAUGUCCUCUGUGUCUCCCAAUUUUGUCAGUUUUUAUUGUUCCUUUUUAUAUCUUCAUUCUACAAAAUAAUCAUUUUUUUCCAGGGUACAUAGGAUAUCUAAGUUUUACAGAUUUUUAAAGAUGAGGAUUUGAAAAGCUUCCAAUGUGUUUUUGUUAAAAGGCUCUAUCUUCCUCAAGAAAAUGACAACUCCUGUUUUCAGAUCUGCACAGCAGAGGUAAGACAAUGUGAUAGAAGUUGGAUAUCUGAUAGCUACACAACAGUCAGCAAAAGGGAUAACCUUCACUUGGGAAAUUUCAGAGAAACUCUAAAAGUUAUUUCCUAAAGUUAGUGCAUGCAAGUCUUUCUCUGUGACUUGUGCAGAAUAAUGGGGGCACAGAUUUGGGGGAACAGCAAGUGAAAUGGCAUAAAGAUUGCAGAGAAAGUGAUCUUGAAAUAUAACAAGAAGAAACCAGUCUUUCCCCCUCUGCUUGACUGUGGGACUAUUUGGGUCAAGAGGUUGCUAUGACAGAGAUCUCUGUGCCAGGCCAAGACUGGCCAAUUGAAACAGUUCUUAAAGAGUUUAAAUAGACUAUGUAUGAUGCCUAUUUUUUCCUCUUUUAGUAUCGUAAUGCCCUCAUUACUUCUAAAAUAAUUCAUCUGUUUUGCUUUUAUGACCAGCUUUAAACCUAUUUAAGAAUAAUAGCCACCCUAGAGCUGAUAGGAAAGAGCAUUGAAAUACAUUCUAAUUAUGCUAAAA